AUGUCUUCUUCCUCUGACAAUCGCUUGACUGCCCUCACACCAGACAACCACCAGCCGUGGCUCUGGUUUACACAUGUCUUUACAGUAGUGUUUGUCACACUUGCAGCCAUCGUGAGAGUGAGCGUCAAGCGGACGCAGGCUGGCAUAGGCGAUGGUGUUCUACUGCUUGCGCAUCUCCUCUACAUCGUCUACUGGACCAUCAUACUCUUCUCGCUGCUCAACUCGGUGGGAAAAUCUGAAAGAGUGACCAGCGACGAUGAGGAAAUCAACGCAUCAAAGCCGGCUCGCUGGAUCGUCUUCACGCUCUUCGAAGCCAUCCUCGAAUUCGUGCCUGUCCUCCAGGUAGCAACGGCCAUCUCGAUUGUCCAGGUCGACAAUGAAGACAAAGAUCUGGGUUGUGACCAUCUUUUCCUUCAGACUGAUGUACUCUGGAUCCCCGCCUGGAUGCACCUCUCCGCCUACCUCACCUUCCUGCACUCCGGCCGCCCCAACAUCGACAUAGUCCCCACGCUCGUGGGCGAAGAGCUCUGGGUAGCCUUCGCCCUCGUCUCCGCCUCCGUCCCCGUGCUCAUGCGCGUCGCCAACAAAUUCACAACCACGGGCGUGGCGCUGGGCGCAACGAUCAUGUCGCGGUCAAGGGAGACGCCCGUCGAGAGCUUCAAGAUGAAGAGCACUUCAUCCGGGAAGUUGAACUCGCUAUCUGGAAAGAUUGGGCUGAAGAGCAAGGACGAGCCCGUCUGCACGACGUGUGUGGCGGCCAGGAGGGGCGAGGCGGCGAGUAUUGGGAGUACGGCGGGGAGCCAGGUGGGGAUUUUGAAGGAGGUGCAGUUUGAUGUGCUCGAGCAGCGUGUGCAGGAGAAGCCGGGCGUGUAA